AUGGCAGGACUUGCACCUGAGGGGUCACAAUUUGAUGCUGGGAAAUUUGAUGCCAGAAUGAAUGACUUAAUGGCUGGUGAUGGAAAUGAGUUCUACACUAUUUCUGAUGAGGUUUGUGAAAGUUUUGAUGCUAUGGGCUUGCAAGAGAAUCUCCUCAGAGGAAUUUAUGCCUAUGGUUUUGAAAAGCCAUCUGCCAUUCAGCAAAGGGGAAUUGUUCCCUUCUGCAAGGGACAUGAUGUUAUUCAACAGGCUCAGUCUGGAACUGGAAAGACGGCAACUUUCUGCUCUGGUGUUUUGCAGCAACUUGACUAUAAUGUGACCCAGUGCCAGGCAUUGGUUUUAGCCCCAACUCGUGAGCUUGCUCAGCAGAUUGAGAAGGUUAUGCGGGCCCUUGGAGACUAUCUAGGUGUUAAGGUGCAUGCUUGUGUGGGAGGUACAAGUGUUCGUGAAGAUCAACGCAUUCUAUCAAGUGGUGUCCAUGUUGUGGUUGGUACUCCUGGUCGUGUGUUUGAUAUGUUGCGCAGACAGUCUCUUCACCCGGAUUACAUCAAGAUGUUUGUGUUGGAUGAGGCUGAUGAAAUGCUCUCUCGAGGUUUCAAAGAUCAGAUCUACGAUAUAUUUCAGCUGCUGCCAGGUAAGAUUCAAGUAGGAGUUUUCUCUGCUACAAUGCCUCCUGAGGCACUUGAAAUCACAAGGAAGUUUAUGAACAAACCUGUGAGGAUCCUUGUGAAGCAGGAUGAGCUCACCUUGGAGGGUAUUAAGCAGUUUUAUGUCAAUGUUGAGAAAGAGGAAUGGAAGCUGGACACACUCUGUGAUCUUUACGAGACAUUAGCAAUCACUCAGAGUGUCAUUUUUUGUUAA